UCCCUCGGUCGUGCUUUGUCAACGACUCAACGCCCUCAUAUGACGAAACCAUCUGAGACGAUCGGAAUCGCACUGGGCUGCUCGAUUUGACGUCACGGCCUUUCGACCUCCUCUACGGCCAUUCCUACCAAAAUAAUUAAAUAAAAUAAUAAUUUAGCUCCGAAAAACAAUAUAAAUUUCGUAUUCAUACCCUCUUCGAUUUUCCAAUGUCUUCAUCAGUUCGUAAAUUGAUGGCGACCUUGUCGAACUCGCUGUCCGUAAAGCACGGCUUGUCUAUCUGGUGUCCUCGCUCGACUUCUCUGAAUCGCAUUACUCGCCAGCCUUCUUCGGUCGGUUCCAGAAGUCUAUCGAGGAGGAGCUGCGUCGCCGCGGCUUCUUCUGCUUUCGCGAACGAGAAUCGAGAGUUCGUGAUCGUAGGCGGGGGAAAUGCCGCGGGGUACGCCGCUAGGACUUUCGUUGAGCAGGGCAUGGCCGAUGGAAGACUCUGCAUUGUAUCUAAAGAGGCAUAUGCGCCUUACGAACGUCCAGCUCUGACGAAAGGUUAUUUGUUUCCUCUAGACAAAAAACCAGCGCGCUUACCUGGUUUUCAUACUUGUGUUGGAUCUGGUGGGGAUAGGCAGCCUCCAGAUUGGUAUAAAGAAAAAGGGAUAGAGAUGUUGUAUGAAGAUCCAGUAUUAGGUAUUGAUAUUGAGAAGCAAACCCUAACAACAAAUUCAGGCAAACUGCUCAAGUAUGGAACCCUUAUAAUUGCUACAGGAUGUACAUCUGCAAGGCUUCCUGAGAAAAUUGGGGGAGAUGUACCUGGUGUUCACUAUAUCCGAGAUGUUGCAGAUGCUGAUUCUCUUAUAUCAUCAUUGAAGAAGGCACAGAAGGUUGUGGUUGUUGGAGGUGGUUAUAUUGGCAUGGAGGCUGCUGCGGCAGCUGUUGGUUGGAAACUUGAUACUACAGUUAUACUUCAAGAGGAUCAUCUUUUGCAAAGAUUAUUUACUCCUUCGAUUGCUCAGAAAUACGAAGAGCUCUACCAAAAUAAUGGUGUCAAAUUCUUGAAGGGAGUUUCCUUAAAAAACAUUGAAGCUGGUUCUGAUGGACAUGCAGCGGGUGUUAAACUUGAAAAUGGGUCAACCAUUGAAGCAGAUACGAUAAUUAUAGGCAUUGGAGCAAAACCUGCGGUUGGUCCCUUUGAAAGGGUUGGCUUGAAUGCCACAGUGGGUGGAAUACAGGUCGAUGGCCUGUUCCGAACAAGUGUACCUGGAAUAUUUGCAAUUGGAGAUGUAGCAGCAUUCCCCUUGAAAAUGUAUGACCGUAUUGCACGCGUGGAACAUGUUGAUCAUGCUCGGAGAUCAGCACAGCAUUGUGUUGAAGCAUUAUUAAGUGCACAGACUGAUACCUAUGAUUAUCUCCCACAUUUUUACUCGAGGGUUUUUGAGUAUGAAGGAAGCCCAAGAAAAGUUUGGUGGCAGUUUUUUGGGGACAAUGUUGGAGAGACGGUUGAAAUUGGGAAUUUUGAUCCAAAGAUUGCUACUUUCUGGAUAGAUUCUGGUAAGCUUAAAGGAGUUCUUGUUGAAAGUGGAAGUCCUGAGGAAUUCCAACUUCUCCCUAAACUUGCAAGAUGCCAACCUUCUGUUGACAAACUCAAGCUUCAGAAUGCAUCAUCGGUUGAGGCGGCGCUGGAAAUUGCUCGGACAUCUCUACAGGUUGAAGCUGCAGUUUAGUUUACUACCACGUCACAAACUCUUGACAGCGACUUGGUACAUAAAAGUGUUUUCUUCUUCUAGUGUUCUACUCCUGGUUUUUCUUGCUGGAGUGUUUUUAACUUGUUGUCUGUCCGUUGACCUAUCCCCCUGAUUCAUGCGGCCAGUUCAUGUUAUUGUGGAAAAGAUAUGCACAAUGUUGUCAUAGAAUCUUUCCCUUCCUUUUCUCUCCGCAGGUAUUCUGCCUAGUUAUCUUUUUGCGAGAGAACUAUUGCUGAAAGAAUAAUGUAGAUUGAGCACCCUCAUUCCCCUGUUUCUUACCCUGUCCUGACAAGGGUGUGGAAUUAUUGUACUAGAGAGAGACAGAGAGAGAGUACUCGUCGGUGUUUUGUUUUAGUCCCAAGUUAUCAGUUCUUUUAUCAAUUUCUAUUUUACAAGGCAGAUAUUGCAUAGGCAAACCCCUUUUCUGGAAAAAAGUGAUAUAGGAGCUGUUUUUUCAUGUACGUUGUCCCACCAAGUUUGUGAUUCACCUGAGUUGAACCACUGGGCCCUGGGGAAUGCUCCCUUCAAGCUUCAACUACUGUUCAAAAUCGAUGGAACAACCAGCCAGUCCACCAAUUACUGGUUUCUUAGGAAGGGUAUGAUCAUGGAUCUCUGUUGACGUUUUAGCUUGGGCGACCUUAGGAAUAAACCUUGAGAUCUUGUAAGAACCCAUGGGUUGACUCUGUGUGUUCGGUUUCAUCAUCAUCAUGGUUAUCUAUUCUGCAUAUACUCCACAAAACCAUUUGCCGUUGUAGUUUGUUCACACAAAAACUAAAGGCUAUUGCAGACCUCAGACUUGACAAUUAAGUCUGAACAAUAAUUACUUCUCAAGUCCAGUCAUUGCAAUAUAUAUAAGUUUUCUACGUAUUUGUCAUCA